CCCUCCUCCCCCGUAUCAGAGGAGUAGAAACAACAAGCCGCCAUUUUGUUUGGCGGACAGAGCGUCAGAAACAGGAGAUAACCGAUAGCAGGAGCGACUCCGGCAGCCGCUCCAGGAACCGCGGGGAUGUCAGAGUAGCCGAAACCUGACCGCGCCAUCCAGACCGAGGAAACAGCGCAGAAAAGACGUUAGUGGAAGGAAAACCAAUUCAGUGCCAUAUAUAUUUAUAUAAAUAUAAUAUGUAUGCAUGAGAAGGAAAUACUCUGAAAAAUCCAAGGAAGGGGGUGUUUUGCGGAGCGGCGACGGGGAGGAGAGGCGGAAGAGCGCUACAACACAUCACAAGGAAGGAGGAAAAACCUGCAAAAAAAGAGGGAAAACAUGAUAAAUCACUAUGUGUCCGUCGCGAAGGAAGGAACGAACCCGCAUAGACAAUUAUAUAAAUAAAUUGCUACCGGGCAGAAGGGAGAGGUGGAAAGAAAAACGGGUUUAAAGAGAAGGGGACCAACACGAAGGGGGGCAUUCACCAUCACAAAGAGUCAAUGAGAGGAUUUUGUUAGCCCAAACAUAUUUUUGGGGGGUGUUAAAGAUUAUUGUGCCGACCUGAAGCAGCCUGCUUAUAAUAUAGCCAUAAUUUCUCAGCGAUUUGCCAUUUUUUUCCUAAUAAUCACAUCUGCGCCUCUCUUAGAAGCCUUGUUUCUGCUUUUGGUUCAAAUAUUUCUUUUUUAUUAUGGUUUUUCUUCAUGCAUGGCCAAGAAUUUUAAAAGCAGAUUUUAAAAGAGAGGCAUUUUAACAAAGCUUGCAUAAUUUUGAGAUUCCAGUUGUUUGAUCCGAGCAAGACCCAGAGGAGGAAACCUUUGCAAGAGCUCAAGAUAAGUAACCCCUCCUCUACGAAAUAAAACUUAAAUGGAUAAAUCUGACUGCCCCGUUGAUUGGCAUUUAACACUUUGAUCGAUCAAAGAAAUAAAAGAAAUGCAUGCAAACUGUUUGCUCAAUAGCAGUGAUUUAUAAAACACAUUCCAAAAGAUUGCAUGAGACGUUUUAGGGGUGUUGCAUCCGGUAAAUGUUCAGCACCAUUUCGUUAUUGAGUUCUGACCCAGUGCCUUGCAUGGUCAAGCGCUAAAAGUGCACAAUUCAGUCAGCAUGCACAUGCAAAAUAAACAUUUCGCACAAAUUUAAUUCCAUGUGAUGAAACAGUGCACAGUUUUUACAGUUCCCAGUGUUGCAACUGCUGAAGGUUUUACUAUCUGGCAACCACUGCCGCAGAUCGAGCUCACUGCUUUGGAAAUGAAGUCGGUGGAGUCUGUUCAGGUGAGGGGAAUCCAGCUGCGGGUCUCCUAACUGUUGCAUGAGGCCAACUGGAGUAAACAGAGGAAGAAAAAAACUCCACUGUUUGGACUUUCCGGUUCCUCUGCCAUUACAGAAACUCCCCUCGUCUUUAGAGCAUUUGGUUUCUGAAGCGGAGGAUCGUGCGAGUGGACUGAACUGAUCCUGGGACAGUUUCUCUGUCUGUCACAGAGGAGUCUACAUGAGGUUGUACGUGGGCUUUGCCUUUUCACCGACUCCACCUUCCCACCUCCUCCUGUUUAAUUCUGUGAAGAAACAAACUCCGACAGGGGAGGGGGACUGGUAUCUGCAGAGGGGCACAGACCGAGCAGCGCUGAAGAGUUUACCAUCGCUGUCCUCUCCCCUACCGUCCCCCGAGCGGUGGGGGAACGAUCGAAGACGUUGUUUUUUUUAAAGGGAGUUGGAGGCGGAAAUAAAGGAAAUACUGCAUUUUUUUUCUCAAUUCGUCAAAAAUAUGGCCGAUAAUGUCCUGGAGUCCGGUCCGCCUUCAGCCAAGAGGCCCAAGCUGUCCUCUCCAACUCUCUCAUUGUCUGCCAGUGAUGGAAAUGAUUUCGGUUCACUCUUUGAUCUGGAACAUGACCUCCCUGAUGAGCUCAUCAAUUCUUCAGAACUGGCCCUUACCAAUGGAGGCGAUGCCAGUUCGUUCCACACCAGCCUCCCGGGCUUCGGAGGUGGGGUUGGUGCAGGUGGCCAGGAUGCAGCUACAAAACACAAACAGCUAUCUGAGCUGUUACGUGCAGGAGCACCAGUUCAGGUGGGGGGCCCCACAUCAAACAGUGCUCCAUCUGGGACUUCCAUGGGAAUGUUGGGUGGCAUCGGUGUCUCCCCUACUGGGCCUCAGGGCAUGCACCUACAGGGGCAGCAGCAGCAACCUGGAUUAAUGCAGCAGGUUGGAAUGGUUGGAGGCGGGACGCCACUCGGUCGGACAGCAGCCAUGAUGGGAGCCCAAAAGGGCCCUACAAGACAGCAGCAGCAAGGGCUGAUGGGAGGGCAGGUUGUAAAUGGACCACCUAGGAUGGGUUUCCCUGGGAGUGCUGGAAUGGGCAACAAUAGCAAUAUUUUGGCUGAGACCUUACAGCAGCAGAAGGGCGGUCAGCCAAUGGGAGUCGGGGGUCAGGUGGGGAUGAGACCACAACAGCCUGGCAGUUUAAACCAGAUGAGUAUGAUGGCCAACGCAGGCCCCUAUGGUGGUCUGUAUGGCCAGUCUGCUGGCCAGGGGCUGCCUGGAGAAGGGCUGGGCCCACAGAUCCAGAAUAAACCAGGCCUACCAAACAACAUGCCCACCCAGUUCAGCAUGGAUAAGAAGGGACCUCCUGGUCAGGGUUUGCCUGGGAUGCAGCAGAAGCAGCAGGCCGGUGCAGUUGGCGGUGGGUCUGUGGGUGGACCAGCGGCAGCAGUGGGCGGGCCCCAGGUUGGACUCAACGCUGUGGGGGCAGGACCCGGCUCCACGCCCCCCACUGCCGACCCUGAGAAGCGGAAGCUGAUUCAACAGCAGCUCGUCCUGCUGCUCCACGCUCACAAGUGCCAGCGGAGGGAGCAGGCCAACGGGGAGGUGCGGCAGUGCAACCUGCCCCACUGCCGCACCAUGAAGAACGUGCUCAACCACAUGACUCACUGUCAGGCCGGCAAGUCCUGCCAGGUGGCGCACUGCGCCUCGUCCAGGCAGAUCAUCUCCCACUGGAAGAACUGCACCAGACACGACUGUCCCGUGUGCCUGCCUCUGAAGAAUGCUGGAGACAAGAGGAACCAGCAGACCCUCCUCAACAGUGCAGCUGUGAGUCUAAUGAACUCUUUAGGUGGAGGAGGAGCAGGCGGCCAGUCGAACACUCCCAACCUAAACCCCCCCAGCCAGAUUGACCCCAGCUCCAUAGAGAGGGCCUACGCUGCGUUGGGUCUGACCUACCAGGGCAACCAGCAGCAGCAGACCAGCAUGCCAAACCAGAGCCUUCAGGGACAGACUGGUAUGAGGACAUUAAAUCCUACAGGUGGAAACUCGGUGGGGGUGAAUGGAGCCGUUGGGGUGCAGCCUCCCAGCCAGCAGUCCCCCCUGCUGCCGGACGCCAUAAUGCACAACAGCAUGAACGCUCAAAGUUUGAUGAACGAUGGCGUGGGGAACCUUGGCUCCAUGCCUGCAGCCACGCCCCCUUCUGCCACUGGCAUGAGGAAGUCUUGGCACGAAGACAUCACGCAAGAUCUUCGCAACCAUCUCGUCCACAAGCUUGUGCAGGCCAUAUUCCCUACUCCUGACCCAGCAGCGCUCAAGGACAGGCGAAUGGAGAAUCUUGUGGCCUACGCGCGAAAAGUGGAGGGAGACAUGUACGAGUCGGCCAACAGUAGGGCGGAGUACUACCACCUCCUGGCAGAAAAGAUCUACAAAAUCCAGAAGGAGCUGGAAGAGAAGAGGAGGACGCGUCUCCAGAAGCAGGGAAUGGUGCCCGGCCAACCCGGCAUGACUCCAUCCAGCCUCCCACAGGGCCCCGCUGGCAUGGGACAGCCCCCCAUGGCCCCUGGACCAACUCCCAAUGGUCCUCAUGCUGAUCUGUCCAUGAUCAGACCUGCUGGUCCAAAUCAGAUUGUCAACAGGAUGCAGAACCCAGCAGGGAUGAACCAGUUUAAUCAGAUGGGCCUGCAGUCGAUGGGUCAGAGGUCAACACCACCCCUUCCUCCUAAUCCCCAGAUGAACCAGAUGGGGAUGGGAGCAGCAAGGAUGGGUCAGCCCAAUGUUGCUCAGCUACAGAACCAGUACCUGUCUCCAAACCAGUUUUCCAGCUCUGGUUCUGGUCCUGUUGGUGUGAACCAGCCAGGAGCACAACCUACUGUUCCUCCUCAGAACCAGAUGUCAACACCUCCUCCUUUCCCGGCCAGCAGCCCAGCAGCACACUCCUCCCCAUCUGUCACAGGCCCUGGAGCCUCCAUAGGGCCUGCUAAUGCUAACGCUAACUGCUCCGGUCCUCUCUCCAAUCACCCUCCGCCCUCCACCCAGCCCAGUUCCUUCUCUCACUGCCCGCCUGUCCGAACAAACUCCCCUUCACCGGCGCGCAGCCUGACCCCUCAGCCUCAUUCGACACCGCCCACGAUACCUCGCUCUCAGACCCCUCAGCCUCAGACCCCCAAAACACCCCAGAUGCCUCCCCCGCCGUCGCAUCACCCUCAGCAGCAGCAGCAAGCCCUGGAGCAGCAGCAGCUGCCUUCUGGGAUGACGGUCAACUCUGAGAAAACCAAUCAGGUUCCUCAUCAAACACUUGGGGGCGGGGCUUCUCCAGCUCCCCAAGCAGGUCCGAACUCUUUCAUCCCGGCGCGCAAUGUUCACGCUCCUCUGCAGCUGCCACAGACCCCGCGCUCACCAAAGGCUUCGUUGACAGCCGAUGGUCAGGUUUCCUCUCCAGCGUCAGUCACAGGUAGCACUGAUCCCAGUUCUCAGCUGACCUCCGCAGACGGUCCCACUCCGGCCCAGGAGAACGCCAAAAUGGAGAUCAAGGAGGAGGAGGAGGAAGACGAAGGAGCUGACACCCAAGGAGAUGGCAAGGGGAAGCUGGGGAAGGGCCAUUCUGAGGUGAAGAUGGAGGAGAAACCAGAGAUCAAGAUGGAGAAACCGUCAGGAGAUGGGUGUAAAGGUGAGCCCAUGGAAACACCGUCAUCCUCUGAGGUGGCGGCGGCGCCAUCAAGUGAAGACAAGAAAUCGGAGGUGAAGAAGGAACCCAAAGAGGAGGAGGGGGCAGGGUCAACCGUAACCAACAGCUCCUCGGUUGCUGCUCAGAGCAAGAAGAAAAUCUUUAAGCCGGAGGAGCUACGUCAGGCUCUGAUGCCCACCCUGGAGUCGCUGUACCGUCAGGACCCCGAGUCCUUUCCCUUCCGCCAGCCGGUGGACCCCCAGUUACUGGGAAUACCCGUACGUAUUCGAACUAGUAACAAAACUAACCUGGACUACUUUGACAUUGUGAAGAACCCCAUGGACCUCUCCACCAUUAAGAGGAAGCUGGACACGGGACAGUACGAGGAUCCGUGGCAGUACAUCGAGGACAUCUGGUUAAUGUUCAACAACGCUUGGCUGUACAACAGGAAGACAUCACGGGUCUAUAAGUACUGCUCCAAGCUGGCUGAGGUGUUUGAGUCAGAGAUCGAUCCUGUCAUGCAAGGCCUCGGCUACUGCUGCGGGAGGAAGUUUGAGUUUUCCCCCCAAACCCUUUGCUGCUACGGAAAACAGUUGUGCACCAUCCAACGUGACGCUGCUUAUUUUAGUUACCAGAACAGUUCACCAAAAUAUGGGCUUCUUGCUGACAGGUACCACUUCUGUGAGAAGUGUUUCAACGAAAUCCAAGGCGAGAGCGUUUCCCUGGGGGAUGACCCCUCCCAACCUCAGACGUCCAUCAACAAGGAUCAGUUCCAAAAGAAGAAGAAUGACACACUCGACCCAGAGCUACUUGUGGAAUGUACUGACUGUGGUCGUAAAAUGCACCAGAUCUGCGUCCUGCACAAUGAAACCAUAUGGCCUUUAGGCUUCGUCUGUAACGGCUGUCUGAAAAAGGCCAAUAAGAUGAGGAAAGAGAACAAAUACGCUGCCAAAAGACUUCCUCAGACCAAGUUGGGGAACUUUUUGGAGACUCGAGUGAACGACUACAUCAAACGGCAGAGCCACCCCGAGUCUGGAGAGGUCACCAUCCGUGUGGUCCAUGUCUCAGACAAGGUGGUGGAGGUCAAACCGGGCAUGAAGUCCAGGUUCGUGGACAGCGGUGAGAUGGCCGAAUCGUUUCCAUACAGGAUGAAAGCUUUGUUUGCAUUCGAGGACAUCGACGGAGCAGAAGUGUGUUUUUUUGGCAUGCACGUCCAAGAGUACGGCUCGGACUGCCCGCCGCCCAACCAGAGACGGGUGUAUAUCUCCUACCUGGACAGUGUGCACUUCUUCAAACCUCGACACCUGAGGACUGCCGUCUACCACGAGAUCCUCCUGGGCUACCUGGAGUAUGUCAAACGAAUGGGGUUUACGACCGGUCACAUCUGGGCAUGUCCACCCAGCGAGGGAGACGAUUACAUCUUUCACUGUCACCCUCUGGACCAGAAGAUCCCCAAACCGAAACGCCUGCAGGAGUGGUACAAGAAGAUGCUGGACAAGGCCGUUGCUGAGCGAAUUAUCCACGAUUACAAGGACAUCUUCAAGCAGGCGACAGAAGAUCGUCUGACCAGUGCCAAGGAGCUGCCGUACUUCGAGGGCGACUUCUGGCCCAACGUGCUCGAGGAGAGCAUCAAGGAGCUGGAGCAGGAGGAAGAGGAGAGGAAGAGGGAGGAGAACAGUACGUCCAACGAGAGCACAGAUGCUACAAAGGGAGACAGCAAGAACGCCAAAAAGAAGAACAAUAAGAAGACGAGCAAGAACAAGAGCAGCCUGAGCCGAGCCAAUAAGAAGAAACCGGGGAUGCCCAGCGUGUCCAAUGACCUUUCACAGAAGCUCUACGCCACCAUGGAGAAACACAAGGAGGUUUUCUUCGUCAUCCGCCUCAUCGCGGGGCCCACAGCCAACUCGUUACCCCCCAUCACCGACUUGGAUCCUCUGAUGGCCUGUGACCUGAUGGACGGCCGAGACGCCUUUCUGACCCUGGCCAGAGACAAGCACUUGGAGUUCAGCUCUCUCAGGAGGUCCAAGUGGAGCUCCAUGUGUAUGCUGGUGGAGCUCCACAAUCAGAGCCAGGAUCGCUUCGUUUACACCUGCAAUGAAUGCAAACACCACGUGGAGACCCGCUUCCACUGCACCGUCUGCGAGGAUUAUGAUUUGUGCAUCACCUGCUACAACACUAAAGGUCACGAGCACAAGAUGGAUAAACUGGGACUCGGACUCGACGAUGACAGCAACAACCAGGCGGCGGCAGCAACUCAGAGUCCUGGUGACUCUCGUCGUCUCAGCAUCCAGCGCUGCAUCCAGUCCCUGGUCCAUGCGUGCCAGUGUCGCAACGCCAACUGCUCCCUGCCGUCCUGCCAGAAGAUGAAGCGGGUCGUUCAGCACACGAAAGGCUGCAAACGCAAAACAAACGGCGGCUGUCCUAUCUGCAAGCAGCUCAUCGCUCUGUGCUGCUACCACGCUAAACACUGCCAGGAGAACAAGUGUCCCGUCCCGUUCUGCCUAAACAUCAAGCAGAAGCUCCGGCAGCAGCAGCUGCAGCACAGGCUCCAGCAGGCCCAGAUGUUGAGGAGGAGGAUGGCCACCAUGCAGAGGGUGGGACAGCCAGCUGGGGGGACACCAGCGGGACCUCAAGUUGGACUUCCAUCACCGGGACACAAUGGCUCCACAGCUCCCAGUACCCCAACAUCUGGUGGUACCCAACCUCCGACCCCUCAGACCCCAACUCAGAGCAUGCCUCCCGUCCCACAGCAGGGAAUGUGUCCUGGAAAUGGAAUUCAGCCGCAGCAGCCUGGAGGGAUGCCUCCUCAGCAUUCUCUCCAUCAGUUCCAGCAGAUGGCGAAUGGAGGUGCUGGGGCAGGAGGAAUCAUAAACUCCCCCCAACACCAGCAGCAGAUGACUCCUCACGUCCCGCAGCAGCUGCAGCAGAGUGGACCAGGGUCCAGCUCCCAGCAGCUGCAGCAGCAUCCUUAUGCCAGCAGACCCCCAGGCUCCUCCCCAGUUCAUCAGUCCCAGGGCAAACCAUUUCUCGGUGCUGCAACUCCUCCACAGCAUCCUGGUGGUGCUGUGAUGGCGGGAAAUGUAGCAGGCCAGCAACAACCCCCUGGUCAGCCACAGAUCCAGCCUCCAGUUCCACAGCAGACCUCCUCAGGCCCCCCACCAGCAGCUGUGGAAAUCGCUUUGAAGAUUCAGCAGGUGGCUGAUGCUCAGAGGAAGCUGGCCCUGCAGAAACAGGCCGCUGCCGCAGGCCUGAUGCCGUCUCACCCCCACCACCAACUGGGCCAAGCCCAGCAGAUGGCCGUGAGCCAUCCCGGACCUGCAGGGAUGGUUGGAUCUCAGGGCAUGCCGCCACAGAAUCAGGGCGCUCGAGCCCACAUGGACCAACAGCAAGGCGCUCUGUCAGGAAUGAUGGUCAGUGGUGGGCACAUGCAGCAUCCACCCCAGCAGGGUAACCUGCAACAAGGCCAGCUCCGCCCUCGGGUGCAGCUCCCACAGCAGAGGAUGGCUGCUCCCCUUCAGAAUCCUCAGCAGCAACAGCAGCAGUGGGCGGGUCAGGGCAUGCCCCCCCAGCAGAGGCAAACUAUGAUGACCCAAAUGAGCCACGCGGCUAUGCUGGCAGCUCAGCAGCAGCAGCAGCAGCAACAACAGCAGCCGCCACAUCAACCAGCUCAGGGCCACGCUGCCAUGAUGAAUAUGGCGCAGCAGCAGCAGCAAGGUGGAGGAGGGGUCUCGGGUGGAGCUGUCCCCGGGUCUGCGGGUGUUCCAGGUGUUGGUGCGGCUGGUGGAAACAUUCCCCUGGCUGCUCUUCAGGAGCUUCUACGGGCUCUCCAUUUACCCAGCUCACCAGUACAGCAGCAGCAGGUCCUCAGCAUCCUGCGAUCAAACCCUCAACUCAUGGCAGCUUUCAUCAAGCAGAGGGCCUCAAAAUACAUCGGACCUCAGGGGGGGCCCGGGGGGCAGGAGGGUGUUCCUGGAGGAGGACCUGGACCCAUGGGGGGGCCUGUUGGAAACGUCAUUGCAGGAGGGAGCCCACAGGUGAACAUGAAUGUUGGGAGUGCUGGACAGCCAGGGAUCCACAUGGGGGGUCAGGGAGGCGCAAACAUGGCCACCAUGACUCAACUUCAGCAAGUCCAGCAGCAGCAGCAACAGCAGCUUCAGCAGCAGCUGCAGCAGCAACUCCAGCAGCAACAACAGCAGCAGCAGCUCCAGCAGCAACAACAGCAGCAGCAGCUUCAGCAGCAGCAGCAGAGGCCGAUGCUCACUGGUCUUCAGCAGCAGCAACUUCAGCAGCAACAACAGCAGCAGCAGCAGCAGCAUGGGGGGGUGGGCAGAGGAAUGCAGGGCCAGGGGCAACCGAUGGGAAACCUCAACGGGCCCCAGUUCAGAGAGCUGCUCAUGAGACGACAUCUGCAGCAGCCGCAGCAGAUGGGGGUGAAUCAUGGUCAGUUUCAGCAGCCACAACCUCCACAGGCACAAAGCUUCAUGGGCCAGCACGGGAUGCAACAGGGUCCCCCUCAGCAGCAAGGAGGCCUCCCAGGUCAGCAGGGGCCAGGUUACCCUGGAACCAUUGCCCAGCAGAGGCUCCAGCACCAACUCCAGAUGCAGCAGAACAGCAUGGCUGCCCAUCCAGGAGGCGAUACGGGGCAAGGUGGAGGGGGUUCUCAGCAACAACCUCCGGGCCCUCAACCCAUCCAGAGUGGGCCCACACCUCCAUCCUCUCAAGCCAUCUUCCAACAGACUCUGCCACAGAGGCUGCUCCAACAGCAGCAGCAGCACCUGGGCCCGGGCGGGUCGCCAGCCCAGCACAGCAGUCCCAUGAGCCCUCAGCAGGUGACCCAGUCCCCUCACCCCCACCUGCAGGGCCAAGCGCUGGCCAAUCAGGUGCGCUCCCCUCAGCCCUCACCCCGCCCCCAGUCACAGCCACCACACUCCAGCCCGUCACCGCGCAUGCAGCCCCAGCCGUCGCCACACCACAUCUCCCCCCAGAUGCAGACAGGCUCUCCGCACCCGAACCAUCUGAACCAGCACCACCCCGGAAUGGGAGUUCCUCCUCAGCAGCAGGCAGCGAGCCAGCAGCAGAACGCCAUGGAGCAGUUUGGUUCAGACCAGAACGCCAUGCUCUCUCAACUAAGCGGCAUGGCUGGUCUACUCGGGUCAGGGGGGAGCGGUCAGGACCCGAUGGGCCAGAACAUCCCCCACAACUCUUUAGACCACAUGUAGGACUUUUUCUUAGCGAGUUGCACUGAGCUCGGAGAAUUUCUGCACAAGCUGCACUCACCCAGGACAGUGUUAAUGUUCAUUUUUAGCCUUUAUUAUUAUUAUUAUUAUUAUUAUUAUUAUUAUUGUUAAAACGUUAUUUAAUGUUUUCAACAGACACAUUGAACUGAACUUCCUAUGGGAGAUGAACAAUAACUCAAACAGUUGUUAAACCAAUUAGAGUAAAUGAAUUGUAACUUAUUGCUGUUAAUAUAUAUCUAUAUAUUUUUGCCAACCAAGGACAAAGGUGGGAGAGGCGGUUUCCUAGCAACCCCCUCACCUCGUUUUAUUUGUCAUAGAAGAAACGUCACUAUUUUGGGGAUUUGGGAAGGGAACGUCGUAAACAAGUCUGUUUUUUCAGAGUGACAUGAAUCAUCGGUGUACAUCCAAGCAACACUUCUUUUUUUUUAUUACGUUUUAUUUAUUCUGUUCCUUGAAGGGACAGGGUGGGGUGGGGGGGUUGUGGCGUACCCUGAAACUUCGUACAUAUCAUGUAGAAGCCUUUAUUUUUGUUAUUGACAGUUGGUUUGGGUUGUUUCACUUUAGUUGGGUCUGUGGGAAUAAAGUCAGUGUUUUUUAUCGAUGUUUCUGCUCCAAAGUUUGAAAUGUUCAGCGGACUCGACGUUUUUGAUGUUCCGGCUGGUUUUUGUCUUCAACUCCUUUUCCCUCGCAAAUGUGCAAACCCCCCUCCCUCGAAUGUGCGUGCACUCCUUCCUUUCUAAAGACGCUUAACAUGGAGCUGUGGAGGCUUUGGGAGGGGGGGACGCAUACCUUUGUGCCUGUGAUAUUUUACACAUGUUGGCUCCUUUUAGUGUUUUUUAGAAUUCUGCUGUUUUAGAAUAAACAGAGGAUGAUGAUCCAAAUGAACUGUGUUGCACAGAAAUGAGGCAAAAGACGCCAGCAACUGGCCUCUUUUUACCCUCGUCACCUUUGCUGCUUCCUUUUUGGACUUUAUAUCCUCCUCUGGGGGGAGGUUGAGCUCCCUCCUCGUAAACUCUCUCCGUAUCUUUCUGCUCAGAACUUUGGGAAUUAAUUUAAUAUUUUUUACUGAACAAAGAAAACCAACUGUGGACUCAAAUACAGUUUUUUUAAAUAAAAUUAAAUUACCAGUA